AUGUCAGACUACGAGGACGAGAUGGACAUCGAUAUCUCAUCCAAGAGCAUCAUCUUUUCUGCGAACAACACGGCCAAGGGGAAGCGAAGUGUUGGAAAUUUGCCAGUUGAGGCAGAAGACAGUCUACCAUGGGUUGAGAAAUACCGCCCAGCAACGCUCUCGGAUGUGUCGGGUCACCAAGACAUUCUGGCGACCAUCAACAAGUUUAUCGAAUCAAACCGACUUCCCCAUCUCCUUUUCUACGGCCCUCCUGGUACAGGAAAGACCUCUACUAUUCUUGCCCUCGCUCGUCGAAUCUAUGGCGCGGAAAACAUGCGCCAAAUGGUGCUGGAGCUCAACGCUUCGGAUGAUCGUGGUAUCGAAGUGGUGCGGGAACAGAUCAAGACUUUUGCCUCAACAAAACAGAUCUUUACAAUGGGAUCGUCAGCAGGCCGGGCGGGUAUUGCGGCGUUCAAGCUCAUCAUCCUCGACGAAGCGGACGCCAUGACCAACACAGCCCAGAUGGCGCUGCGCCGAAUCAUGGAGAAGUACACCGCUAACACGCGGUUCUGCAUCAUUGCCAACUACUCCCACAAGCUCAGCCCCGCGCUGCUUUCACGGUGUACCCGUUUCCGCUUCAGUCCCUUAAAGGAACAAGAUAUCCGCAGCUUGGUGGAUAAGGUGAUUGAGGAGGAGAACGUUAAGAUUACGCCCGAUGCUGUGGAAUCGCUGGUGAAGUUGAGCAGAGGUGACAUGCGUAGGGCGCUGAACGUGCUUCAGGCCUGCCAUGCAUCAAGCACACCCCUCCAACUACGCGAUGGCCCCAAGAUCCCCGGAGACCAGAUCGUGCGCGAUACCAUCACAACAGAAACUAUCUACAACUGCGUCGCUGCUCCUCCGCCAGAUGCGAUCAAGAAGAUCCUCAAUACGCUGUUGAGCACGAGCGACGUUACCGCGUGUCUGACAAUAAUCAACAUGCUCAAAAUCUCACAGGGCUUGGCCCUAGCCGAUAUCAUAACCUCCCUGUCAGAAGAACUGGUGAAGCUGGAGGUUAAGCCCCAGGUGAUGAUCACUUGGCUGGAUGCGUUAGCAGAGAUUGAGUACAGAGUCGCGAGCGGCGCUAACGAGGCGAUACAGACCGCCGCUGUGGUGGGAGCAGUUCGGAACGGCGUCGAGUUAAUGGGCUGA